GAAGAAGAAGAAGAAGUAGUAGCUCUCGUCAGCUGACCUCCGUGCGGAGGAAGAGAAAAAUCCAUGAAGUGCGGAUUAAACUGGAAAAGGUCAUUUACUACAGGAAAACAUGGGCGACUCCACUCGCCGUGUUUUGGUUACUGGAGCAACUGGUCUCCUGGGUCGAGCUGUGUGUCAAGAGUUUCAGAGCAAUAACUGGUUUGUUAUUGGAACUGGCUUUAGUCGAGCCAGGCCCCGCCUUGUUCGCUGUGACCUCACAGAUGAGGAUGCUGUCCGAGAACUACUGCAGGAAUCCAAGCCUGAUGUGAUCGUCCACUGUGCAGCUGAGAGACGUCCAGAUGUAGUUGAGAGACACACGGAGGCAGCUGUUAAUCUCAAUGUGCAUGCCACAAGCACGCUCGCCAAGGAGGCAGCUGUAUCUGGAGCAUUCUUCCUUUAUAUUAGCACUGACUAUGUAUUUGAUGGCCGGAAUCCUCCAUACGGGGAAGAUGACAGUCCAAACCCUCUGAAUCUGUAUGGACGGAGUAAACUGGAUGGAGAGAGAGAAACAUUGAGACACUGUCCAGGGGCUGCGGUCCUGCGAGUGCCGGUGCUGUACGGUGAGGUGGAGUCUGUGUUAGAGAGUGCAGUGACCAUACUUUGGCUAAAGGUCCAGGAAGGUGUGACGGAAAGCUGCACUCUGGAUCACUGCCAGCAGAGGUUCCCCACUGAUGCACGAGAUGUCGCCACGGUCUGCAGGAAGCUGGUGGAGAGAGGGACACAGGAUCCCUCCAUCAGAGGAAUCUUCCAUUACUCAGCUAAAGAGCAGAUGACCAAAUAUGAGAUUGCUGUGGCCAUUGCUCAGGCCUUCAGCCUGCCAUCCACUCACCUCAUACCCUUGACAGAGCAGCCGGCAGACUCAGCUCUUCGACCAAUCAACAGCCAGUUGAACUGUUCUCGCCUGGAACUACUGAGCCUGAGCGUUGAGCCACGACCUUUCACCUCUGCCAUCGUAGACUGUCUGUGGCCGUUCCUGGCUGACAAACGGUGGCGACAGACGGCCUUCCACUGAUGGACAGACUCCAACUCAGUGGUUAAUCGACAGCGUGGAGCGGGAUUAGUCGUACCUUUAACCAGUGUUCAUUUUGACAGCAUAUGAAGUUGUUGGCUUUACUAAAUGUCAUUUAGUUUUAGUCAUGACUUAGUCACCUGAAUUAUUUCUCUAGUUUUAGUCUAAAUCUACAGAUUUUUAAAAUAUGUUGUCAAAAUUUACAACUCUGUGUCUUCAGUUCUGUCUCAUAAUAAUUUCAAAGUCGAGUCGCUGUGGACAGUUUUUAGUUGUCUCAACAUGGUUCUUACAUUCCACCAUUACAGAAAAAAGUUAAUCUGCUCCAGUUAUCUGCUGUGUUGGUUAAUGAAGUGAGACUGAAGCUGAAUGUGAUUUGACACUUACUGUCAUUCGCCGGGUGAUAAAUCCUCACACUUACAAUAAAGAUAUGGAUUCAGA